AAACAUUAUUUUAUUUAAGAACUGCAAUUAUUUUAGCUGUUGAUGUAGUGCAUUCAGGACAUAUAUUUUGAAGCGAUAUUUUACCUAAUAAUUUGAAUAUUAGUGGCAUAAUAAUAGUUUCUCUGAAGAUAAGCCAUAAUGUACGCGAUUGAGAAAAAAUUCGAAAUAGAAAUGAAAUUAAAAAAGGAGAUGACAAACAUUCAAGAGUUAAAAGCGGCUGCAAAUCGCAGCUCCGCGUUGGCAGGAGACGUGUGCAACGUGCUAGGCGCCUGCGAGCAAAGGCUGCAGCAAUUGGAGACGGCUGUUCUGCCUUUAUAUGGGGACACUGCUCGCUUGCAACAUAUACAUAACAAUAUGGAGCGCACAGUGAAGGCUCUGGACCAUGUGAUCAACUUCUACAUGAUGUCCAGAGAGCUGGCUGAUCUUAUACAAGCCGGUCCACACACAUCCUCCACAGAAUCUUUAAAUAUUUAUCUUGAGGCUUUGGAUAAAUUAGCAGAAGCACAGAACUACUUCAAUAAGAAUAAUCCUCAAAGUGUUGAACUAGAAAAUAUUAAUCAGUUAUACAACACGGGAGUGCUGAAGUUGGAAAGUGCAUUUGAGGAGCUGUUGAGCCGCAACACCAGGCCUCUCUCCCCCACCACUCUCAUGGACAUGAUUGCCUUGGAGGAAGACUCUAGCGUGGAGAGCGUGAGUGUGAGUGUGAGCGGCAGCGGCUGCGGGAGCGGGACUGCGCUGGAGACGAUGCGCAGCGCUGCGGCUUGGCUGAGCGCCGCGGGCAGACCUCCCGCUGCCGCGCUGCUGGCAGUGCGGGCGCCCGCAGCACGCUCCUCUCUCACCGCCUUCAAGGACUUCCUCAGGUCGCGCUCCAUGGCCGCCUCGCCCCUCAUGAAAUCGAAGAACUUGCUCCAUCGUUCAGACAGCACUAAAAAGACGAGCAAAUUACAGAAAGUAUUAGAAAAGCGCGCGAACAAAUUAAUGAUGAAAGCGUCUCAGACGCUGGAGCAGUCGACGGGUCUCGCGAUAGGCCCGCGGAGGUCUAUCAACGAAUCCUACGGGGAGGAGUGCGGCGAGGGUCCGGGGCAGGGUCCGGGGCAGGAGGAGGCGGAUGCGGAGUGCGCGGGCGCGCUGGCGGCCUGCGUGUGCCGGCUGGCGCGCCACGAGCAGCGCGCCGCACUCGGCCUGGUGCCGCUGCCGCGUCUGCCCGCGCUCCUCGCGGCCACGCUCAAGGACUGCUUCGCCCUGCUCGCCGCAGACGUUGAGCGUGCGUGUAACCGUAGCCACCGUGCGGCGUCGCGCUGCAGCCGCGGCGCCGCUGCGUGCUGGGCGCUGCUGGCGCGUCUUCAGCGGCUGCAGCCGGACGUGCAGCGCGCGCUGCAGCCCGCCUCGCCCGCUCCCUACACCGCCAUAUUGAACAGCUGCCAGCAACACUGCGUGCGCACGCUGGAGGAGUGGGUGGAGGGGGUGAAGAGCGACAGCGCGGCGGGCGCGGUGGACGGAACUGUGCACCAGCUGGCGGCUGCUGCGUUGGCCCACUGCCACGCCCUCGCCGCGCAUCUGCCCACUGUCGGCGCGGCGCUGGCGCAGGAGCCGGCGUACAUGCGCGCCGCCAGCCAGCUGCCCGCCGUACAGGACCGCAACGCCCUCAUGCUCGCCAUAUACAUGCGCAAGGUGCUGGCGCAGCUGAACCUGGCGCUGCGCAGCAAGAGCGAGCAGUACCCGGAUGCGCUCAAGGCCAUCUUCCUGCUGAACAACACGCUGUACCUGCUGCAGGGUCUGCAGCGAGGCGGACUGCUGGACGUGCUGGCGCUGGCGGAGCCGCAGUGCGAGGCCACAUACCGCGACAUCAUACAGGAGCACAAGAACAACUACCUGCAGAGCUGGAACAAGCUGCUGUCUCACAUCACGCUGGACGAGCCGCUGCCCAGCAAGCUGCGCGACAAAGAUAGACAGCUGCUUAAAGACAAAUUUGCGUCAUUCAAUCGCGAGUGGGAGGAGUGCCGGCGCGCUCAGACGGGCUACAGUGUGCCCGACGCGGAGCUGCGCGAGUCUCUGAAGCGCGACAACAAGCAGGCGCUGUUGCCCGCCUACACCGCAUUCUACGACGCCCACGCACAUCUGCCCUUCUCCAAGAACCCCGACAAGUACCUCAAGUACACGCCCCUACAGAUCGCGACACAAUUGGACGGCUAUUUCGAUGAAGCCGCUUAAAAAUUAUAAAAAAUAUAUAUUAUUGUUAUUAAAUUAUUUUAUAAUCAAAAAUUUUAAUUAUGUAUAUUUUUUUUUAAAACUGAAU